AUGGGAAGUCACCCCAACGCGUGCACCCUUCUCUACGGUAUAUCCGCCCUCUUAGAUGCCGUUGAUGGACAAGCGGCACGGGCGCUCGGCCAGACAUCCAGAUUCGGUGCUGUGCUAGACAUGGUAACAGACCGAUGCGCGACGUCAUGCUUGUUGUGCUAUCUCUCAUCACGAUACACAUCCUACGCCGCGCUCUUCCAGGUUCUCAUCUCCCUCGACUUUAGUAGCCACUAUAUGCACAUGUAUAGCUCUCUUGUGACAGGUUCAAAAUCGCACAAGGCCGUAACGAGUGAUGUCAGCCGCAUCCUCUGGUACUACUAUAAUGAUUCCACAACACUCUUCGUAUUUUGUGCAUGCAACGAGCUUUUCUUUGUUGCACUCUAUCUCAUCUCCUUCGGUCCCUAUAAACCUGUCGGUGGACCUUUUACCACCAUCGCAGAACUGCUUCUAUCAUUUCAACCGACUGGAGCGCCCAUCCCCGCGCUCGACUCGGCCGCCAAGCUCAUCGGAAAUCUCUCAUGGCCGGAUGUUUUGGCACUGAUCACCUUCCCUAUAUCAUUCGCCAAGAAUGUGAUCAACGUAGUGCAGCUGUGGAAAGCCAGCAAGAUGCUUGUCGGCGUAGAUCUUGCAGAUCGAGCAAAGGAGCGAGAGGCGAGACAUGGUGUCAAGCAGGAAUGA